UUUACAGGAAUAUUUUCUAAGAAGAUCAUCUCCAUGAUGCAUUGCAAAAUAUUUAUUUUGGAGCUUUUAUGUUUUGUAACCUGCAUUUUGAAAUCUUCAUUGUGUGAUGAACCAAGACGAUGCCAUACCUCAUACUGCAGCAACACUGUGAGGUGUAUUUAGAGUUAAUAGUGUCUCCUUGGCUGUAUAGAUCACAUGAUUAAUCUCCUACCAAAAACGUGCGAUAGGAACAAACGAAGGGUGAUGUGAUAAUCUUUCAGCAAGCGAUGUUGAACUUUGAGCAAGUGUUAAAAGUUUGUGGAAAACCUCCUGACAUUAUAAAUGGGAAAGCUCUGCUUCAGGAUUUAAACAGUACAUUCCUUGUUGGAACAAACAUCACUUACACCUGCAAUGAUGGAUAUGUUUCGAGUUCCACUGAAAAUGCUUAUAGCUUUUGUUUGAGUGAUAAUGAAACUGCAUUUUGGCAACCUCCUGUUAUGUCCUGUGAACCUGUCUGCAAUGAUUUACCUGUAAUUGCAAAUGGAGAGCUUAGAUUAGAAGGGCUUAAAUCUCCAUUCAGACCUGGUGAUUCUAUUAAUUACGUUUGUAAUAGUGGAUAUCUUAAAGAAAGUACUACUGCAAAAUUAAUUUGUUCUUUAAAAGAUGGUGUAGCAAGUUGGCCUCGUACAGAAAGAGCCUGCAGGCCCACAAGUUGUAAUGAUCCUGGUUACAUUGAAAAUGCUGAGCGGAUUGGUCAUCUGUUUACAUUUCCUAACAAUGUUACAUAUGUUUGUAAUGAAGGUUAUAAACUGAAGGGUGUUGCAACUAGGUUCUGUUCAGCAAAAGGGCAGUGGUUACCAAAUGCUACACCCUCAUGUGAAGCUAUUGUUUGCCCAUCACUCAAUGACCCUCAAAAUGGAAAAGUAAUUUUUUCUCAGAAAAGGCUUCAUUCUGUUGCAACAUAUAAAUGUGACAGAAAUUUCAUAUUGUCUGGGCUGUCGGAACGAACAUGUCAAGCUGAUGGCACUUGGAGUGGUAGUCCACCAGUAUGUAAAGAAAUCAAUUGUUCAGCUCCUGAGACAUUAAAGAACAUGCGUGCCCUUCCUAAUAAAAGUAUUUACAAAGCUGGUGAUCUUGUAAUUUUUCAGUGUAAGAGUGGUGGUGUUCAAAAGACUGCCAAAUGCUUAGAUACUGGUGAAUGGAAUGUUCAUCCGCCGCAUUGCCCAGAUAUUGAAACGGAGCCACCAGUCAUUUUGGUUAGUUCACCAGCUACAACAAAAGAUGUUGAAACAGAAUCAACUUUGAGUUCACCAGCUUCCACAAAAGUUAACUUAUGCGAUGAUCCUGGAGAAAUAAAGAAUGGUGCAAGAACACUUUUUGGAUUAAAUGUUAAUAGCACUAUUGUAUAUCACUGUGAUGAAGGAUAUGAACUUAGGGGGAAAAGCACUCUCUUGUGUCUGGAAAAUGGAAAAUGGGAUCUUGAUAAACUCCCAAUCUGUGUUAAACCAAUAUCAACGCUAACUAUCAUUGGAAUCGUUUUUGGCAUAAUUUUUAUGAUUGGCGUUGCAGUUGGUGGAUAUAUAUUGUUCAGAUGGAGAGAAAAGAAAAUAAGAGGUUAUGGACAAAAAAGCAAAGCUUUAACUGCUGAUGCGACUGACUUGGAAGAAAUUACUGGAUUAGAUAAAGGAAAAAAGCCUGUACCUGUAACUGUUUUGUAAUUUUAUACUUUUUCUAAAGCUUAAAACUAUUCUCUCCAUCAAACAAGUACAUCUAGAGACCUUGAAAAAAGUGUGCUUGAAUAGAAGUUCCUUUAUAUGUGCAAAACUGUGUUAUUGCACAUUAUGUAUUAUUAUAGUUUGAAUUAAAUAUGGAUUGAAAUGUUGAAAAAACAUAAAGCUAAACAAAGCAAGUAAACCAAGUCUUCAAAGGAAGAAUGUGCACAGUGAUAUUUGUUAUACCCAUUUACUGUUAAAGUAUAUGUCUGUGGUGCUUUGAGCUGAAGCAUAUCAUUUUUAGCUAAGCUCUAAACAAAUGUUUGUUUACUCUUUGUAAGCAAUCAAAGUAAGUUUUCAUUUGCUAUUACAUAUAUCAUGAUGCUACCCUGGGGUUGCAUAUUUAUAUUUCCAUCUUAACACUUCUCAGAAAAUGAUGCAUCUUUUUUUUUUUUUUUUUUUUUGUUGUUGUUCUGUUUAUUUAAUGCUUUUUGAAGAAUGAAGCUUGUAUGUUAGUAUAUCACAGACUGUCAAUUUAAUUGAGCUAGCUACAAUUUUGUCAUGUUUUUUAUUUGUAAAAAUUUAUGUAAUUCAGCUAUAAUUCUAUCCAUAUAUCUGUUGUUGAAUACAUUUUUCUGUCUGAUCUGGAAUUAAUGCCUUAAAAUAAUAUGAUUAUGGUCAAAAUCACAAUGUAUAUUGCCAGUUCUGUAAAUAUUUCAAGAAUGUUGAAUUGUGGCUGAUGUUGCAAGAAACGUAAGAGUUAUUGAUCCUUAUUGCAGGAGAUAUUACAGCUUUUCUUUUUUUAAAAAUAUCUGAUGAGUUUGUAUGAGUAACGUUAAAGUGCAGCAAGACCUUAAGUAGCCCAAACUGGCUGUUCUGAUCUGUAUUAUUCUGUGUUGUUAUAUGUGAACAGCAUAUGAUAAUAUCUGUAAAAAGAAUGCCAUUAUAUAAUAAUUAUUGUAUGUUGAGCUGCAAAAGCCUUUAUAUUUGGCUAUAGCUUAAAAGUAAAUUAUAUUUUAUCAAAGCAUAUGAGGUUGAAAACGGUAACUUAUAUAUUAAUUUACAUAAGUGUUAAUUCAGAAUUUUGCAGAUGAGCAUUAUUAUUAAAAGAACUGGGUUUGAAAUAGCUUCAUAAUUUUUAACUAAAGUAUGUUUUCAUAAUAAGAAUCAAAAUGAAUUUGUAGUGUCUUUGUCUGUUUAUAUAGCAUUUAUUUAUUUUUUUUUUCAGAAUUUUCAUACAUAUAUGCUAGUCUUCAUGUUUUAUCGCUUAAAGAAUUUAUUUAAAGCUUUUUUUUUAAUAUAAAUUAUGUCUGUAUAAUUGCAGAGUAGCAUUUUGCAGCAAGGCUUUUAUUUUUUGAAAAGGAAAAUUCCUUUAAUUAUUAGUUCUAAUAAUAAUGUUUAUUAUGCAUGACUUGAAGAAGUAAUUUUAUUUAUUGCUUUUCUGUAGACAUUUUUCAGUUCCUUUGCAUUAAAAGAUCACUUUUAAUAAUAUAAGUUUAAUGAAAUAUUUUGAAAUUUUAGAACCAUUUGGGGGCAUUCCAGUAUUUAAUGAAUGUUUAAAAAUGAUACAAGUAUAUCAAAUGAGAGAAAAAUCUUACUUUUAUGGGCGUACCAUGAGAUAGUGUGUGUUUGAUUCUAGUCCAAUGCAAUAAAUUGAAUAUUGCAAUCAGGAUAGUUAUAUGAAGUUUCCUUAUAUAAAAUUGUGUUCUCACUAGUGUAUAGAGCAAUAAGGCUGUUGGACUUUCAUAUCACCUAUGUUUUCUUUGGAAUAGCACUUUUAAAUAAAUUCAGAAACUUUUAUUAAGCUUUCACAAAUUGCUAAAUGUUUGAUGCAACAUGCCUUUUAACUUCUGAUUUAAAAUUGGAGGCAUGUGGCUGUUCUCUUUACCUAAUGAUGCAUGAUUAUUAAUAAUUCUAAUUUCAAUGAAAAAUUCGAAAAAAAAAUUCAUUGAAAUUAAAAUUUUUAAAUUUUUCUUGGUGAAAAAUUUAUAUACUGUGAGAGCUUACAGUCUGUGUAAUAAUUGCAUGAAAUUUUAUAAAAAUGCUGUAAUAAUCUGGGGAAAGGCAAGGUAUUUAUUAGGCUAAUAAUUUUAAAUGUAGGCAGAUUUCUAAAAUUGAAUAUCUUUUAAAAAUUUAAGUUGCGAGUACAAUACUCUCAAUACUUGAGGUCAUUCAUUAUACAUGUGUUAUUUGGCAUAAUUUAUAUAUAUAUGCAAUGAAUUUUAAAAAAAUUGUUACGUUUACCAAAAACGAUAAACAUGAUUGCCAGGAAACCUUACUUGUAUGAAAGCAAAACAAGCAUAAAAUAUAAUAAAAUAAGGUGUGUCUGUAAGCUGUAUUUGUGAUUUCACAGGAAGUGAAGUGUAACUGGAAAUGUAUAUGUGUUUGUCUAAUGGAAAAUGCUUUUCUCCCUGUCUAAAAUUUUCCUUGCGUUAUAAAUUAUCACAAAAAAUAGUAAGCAUGUUUCUGUCUGAAAAUGUGGAACUUUAGGAGGUAUUUAACUAAAAGCUAUGAUCUGUUUAAAAUCUAGUCAUACACAAUGAUAUAAACUGUUUCAUUUCAGUUAAUUUGCUUGUUGAACAUAAGAUUAUAUGCAUUUAGUUUCCCCCCUCACAGCAUCUGCAUAGACAUAUUAGUGUUUUAUUCAUCGAUCUCCAUUUUCUUCUAUUCAGACUUUAAAAACAUGAUUCUCUCUGCAUCAACAUGAAAACAUCUUUCUGUGCUCACAUCUUUAUCCAGAUCAUAAUAAAAAAUUGUGUAAUAUAUCUAAAAUGCAAUUUAAAUACUUAAUAGCAGUUAUGUAAACCUAUUCAAUUUUUCUAUUCCAUCUGGCAUGUCCAUAUUUACUUUUUGCUUCAUUUUUUGAAUUCAUCAAAGUGGGAAAAACAGUCUUAGAAUCUUGACUGCAUUUUGUACAUUGGUGUGAGUUUUUAACUAGUAUAUCCAAAUAUGUAUCAUUAUCAGAUGGUUAAAAAUCUGAGCUAGUUUAAACAUCAAAUGCAGAUUUUACCACGUGAUGAUAAUUACAGAGAUUAACUGGUGAUAAGUGUUAUUUCAAACUGUUCCAGUUUGAAUUUUAUCAGUAAAUCUUCACAUUAUAUGUUUUAGGAUGAGAGCAGUUAUUUGAUUUGCUUUUCUACUACAGUGAUGCAUAGUGCUUGAUAAGGGUAUUAUUUAGUUUUAAUGUGAAAUAGUGAAUAAUAAAAGGUCAGCAUUUAACUAAUUUAGACACAUCAAGUUUAUUAAAGUUAUGAAUGGGCAGAAUGGGGAUGGAGCUUGUUACAUUUACUUAUACCAAAGAAUGAGGUUUCCUGCUGUAGAACAUUCUGGAGUUUCUACAGUAUAUAAUCUUAUUCUGUCUUUUACUCCACUUUAGGUGUAAAGCAGUUUACUAAAUCAUAAAGUUUGAUCGAUACUUUCUGAUUAUCUGCAUCUCUUAUAAAAAAGAUUGGUGAGGCAAUGCACCAUGCCAUCAAAAAAUAUUAAUGUUGCACGAUGUUACCAAAGAGUAUUUAUAUGGCAAACCAGGUAUGUGCAACUGAUGUGUGUUUGAGUAUAUACAUGUAUUUGCAAAUUUGAAAUUUAAUGGUAAUUUUUUUAAUUAGUAUUUCUUUUUAUAUUAAAUGCAUUUCUUUAUGUUAUAAUGAAUCGUAAUGGGAUUGUGGAGUUUGCUGGCUGAUGAUAAAGAAUUGCAUUUCUUCAAAAAUGUGCUGUUUUGUUCAAUAAUAGAAAAUGCAAAAAUUUCGCAUUCUAGGAAGUUGUAUUUCUUAACCAACCAGACUUUAUGGUAAUGCAAUGUGAAAAAUUGCAAGGGAAGUGUUAGAAGGCAGAUAAAAAAACUGCUUUGAAGAGAGCUGUAUCUUGUUUACAACUACUACUUAGUUUAAUUAUUGUUGAAUACCCAUGAGUGAAACUCUGGAGGUCUGAGAUUAUUCCCAAAUGCAAUGAUUGAUUAUUGUCAUUACCUCCAGAAGUAUGUAUGUCUGCUUUCGGGAAAAAAAAAAAAAAAAAAAAGGUUAUAGGUAAAUUGGCAGCAUUGUAUGCAUCAUUGAAGUUGUAAGGAUAUUCAAACAAACAAAAGUCUUCGAAGUCACCAGUGAGUUUGCCAAUUCUCCCCAAAGCUUCUGAUGCAUCCACGUGCAAAUAAUCAGAAAUUACCACUGAUGUUUGACCAUUUCAAAUGCUUGUAUUGAAUGAAUUAUAAUUUUCAUGUCUUUUGUAUGACUAAUUGGAGUGUACUUUUUAUUAGUCAAAAAAGAAUAGUUCGUUGCUGUUCUCUAAAAAACUUAUAAAUCCUUUUGAACAUGGCAUUAUUAUUUUAAUGAGCAAUUGCUAACAGUUAUUGAAAAUGUUAAGAAAUGCAUGACAAAACAGAUUUAAACAUGAAAACCAAACUGAAACUAACUUUAAAAAAUUGUUGCCAACUUGCAUAUGUAUAUCUGGAUAAUUACUUCAGUCUGCUGAUAAAAAUCCUAAAAGUCUAAAUAAUUUUACUAGACAUUUUGUAUUUUUAUUACCGAAUGGUAAAUUUUAGGAUACAGGGGUGUAUCUAAGUUUUUCUGUUUUUCAAACUUUUACAGUUAUGUAUAUAUUAGAUGUAGUGUUACCUACAAUUGAAUAAUAUUAAUAAGGGAUUUUUAGCCAGAGAAAUUUGGAGUUUUCUGAAGCUUGUUUUGUAUGUAUGUAAUAGUAAUAUAUUUUUUUGCUUUUAUUUGAUGGAAAUUUUAAUGCAACCUCUGAAAUACAUUGUACAUAUAAUGAAGGGACCAUUUAAUGAUAGAAAUCAGCCUUAUGAAGCUGUAGUAUCAUGGAUAUUUUAGAUAUAUGUGGGGGGAGGGCCUAGUCAUGUGUGUGGUGUGAAGAUUAAGUUUCAACACAUAAUUAAUUUUGCUCAUUAAAUCUGCUUUUACUUUUCACUUUGUACCAAGAAUCAAAUAAUGAUUCACAGCUCAUGUCUUCAUUUGCUGGUGUAUAUUAUUAAAACUUCUAAGAAACUGGAAGUAUUUGUAAUUGUGAAUCUCAUAUCUCAAGCUGUUGAUGAUAGGAAUGGUGCUUAUUCAAUGGAUUUUUUAAUAUGUGAGAUACCUUUUUUAAUAUGUGAGAUGCAUUUUUUGAUUAUUUUCAUAUAAUAUGUAUGCAAAGCAUACUAAAGGAUGUUUAUGAAAUGGAAGAUAAUGUAAAUAUGUUAUUUAUGUUAAAUCAUACAUCGAUUUUAUUAUAUUUUAUCUGCAUUUGAAUUUAUUACCUAUGUCUUGUUAAAACUUAUUUCAAAAUAUUUCAUUAUAUGCUUUUUUGUUUAAAUCUUUCAAACAUUCAUAUUAAUGAAUAUAAGAAAAUAAAAAGUAUUGUAUAUUGCCUAUACAUAGACCUCACAUAAUAAUCUUAAAGUUAUGAAUUCAUGAAAAAUAGUAAUAAAAAUCUAUUUUCUGAAAAAUCCGGUUAUUUCUGAAGAAAACUUUAUUUCAUUAAAGAUACCUAAAGAAGAUUACUUAUUCUGUAAUAUUGUACUAUGUAUUGAGACUGAAUCUUUAGGCUUUUAAAAAAAAAAUUUUUUUUUUUUUUUUUUUUUUUUUUUUUUUUUUUUUUUUUGUAUACAAAAUAUGAAAAGAUAAAUGUAAAAUAAAUCAAAAAGUUGGAUAUUAACAAACCAUUCUUUUAAUUGUUUAAAUGUGUGAGUUAAUUUUCUUUUUAAUUGUAGAACAUAGAAACUGUAAAGGUAUUUUUCCCCACAUGUGUUUCUGAUGUAAUGGUCAACACUUCCAGCUAGCACUGGAAAGUCUCAUAUUUUAAUUCUCAGUGAGAGUGUCAUUGAUUUUCAAGAUUCAUGCUCACAAAAAAGUGUUAACCCUACUGUAUGAGCAUAUGUAUUUGAAAAUAUUUUUAACAUUCUGAUGAAAAUGUAAAAAGCAGCAUAUUUAAUGUGUGAUUUUUUUUUUCUUUCUUUUUUUGGAGCUUGUGCAUCAUACAAUUUUCAGUUCUUUGUUUAAGUGCAGUAAUUCUUCUUCCCCUUUUAGAGCAAAUUUUAGUACUUUCUAGUUCAGUUUUGUCAUGGGCAGUUUUUCAAAGCUAGUAUAGUUGAAUCUAUAGAACAAAAUAUUUUACUUUCAGCUCUGAUUAAAAUGAAAUAAAGAUUUUUUUCAUCUGUUUUAAAGGUAAAGCUUUGUGCAUUUGAGGGUUGUACAGCCUGACAGUAAAUAUUUCCUGUUGUCAUGGGUUCAGCCAUCAUGUAUAGAAUAUUUCCCCCCGUUCAUUACAUUUAAAUAGUUUUUCCUCUCACAUUUUGCUCUAUGUUUUAGGUAUUAUUCAAAUGUAGUAAAAAUCAGUCAAAAUUGUGUAGUUUUCUUCCAGUAAUAGAUGACUUAUUAACAAAAAUUAAUCAAGCAUAAUAGGAGUUGUGUUCAUUAGAAAAGUUUUGAAUGAAGUUUUCUUUAAUUAUGAUGAAUGUGACUGAUAUUCAGGUUAUGAAAUCGAUUUUGUACAGUUAAAAUUGUUUUGAUCUUGUAAUUAAAAGAUGUAUUUUUCUUCCAUUGUUUAAAUUUGAUUUAUAAGUGUAGUUUAUAAGACGGAAGCAUUUGCAUUCUUUUUCUCCUUCUCUCUCUCUCUCUUUUUUUUUUUUUUUCUUUAAGAUUAAAAGUGAAAAGAUGCAUUUUAUCAUAGAAUGAGAGAAUUUUGACAUGUAUAUCCUCCUCUCUUUUUAUGCUGGUUAAUAAAGUAAUACUUAUGCAUUUCUAAAAUAGUAACCCUUUGAAAAAAAAAUUUGUAUGUCAAAUUUUUAGUAAAUAGUUUUGUACAAAUGUAAAUAUUCUUAUAAGCAACAUUACUUGUGUCAUUUGAAGUGUUGCAAAUGUAUGAAUACUUCUUUGAAACGUAAUGCAGAAUGUAGAUGGACUUGGGGAAAAUAUGCACGAGAAUGUUUUGUUAAACUUGUUAAUGAUAAUUUAGAGGAGAAAUGUGUGUAAAAUGCUAUGCUAUUAUUAUGAAUCCUUCAGCAAAUGAAAACACUUUCGUUCUGUUGUCUGUAUUACUGAAAUAUUUGCAUUUGAGACAUCUCUCAGUAUGGCGUUGUAGAAAGCAAUAAAGUCCCUUUAGUGUAAGAGGUGUAUUUAGUGUAUUUUCCUCUGUGGCUCCAUACUAUUAGGAUAGAUAAUAAUUACUGUAUAUUUUUCAUAGUUUUACUUUUAGAGUUUAUGUAACCAUAUUGUUUUGCUUCUUAUUGUUGGUAGUUUCUUUUUUGUCUGGAAAAGAUAUGGCAUGCAUAUGCAUGUACAUGCACAUUGAAAAUUUGAAUGGUAAUCAUUUGCCAAAAUAUGUUAAAUAUGUAGUGCUUUUUUAAUGGUAGUUUCUGAUGUAAAAUUUCAACUUUGCUGAUGAUUGAAAUCACUUGGCAGCUGAUUUACUAUUUUUUACACGUAGUCUGUUUGAAAUUAGGCUUCGAUGCUAGGAUGUGGUGCAAGUUACACUAUCUAAGAAUGUUUCAAUUUCAUGUUGACAAUUAUUAUUUGCAGUUUAAUUUGCUGGUCACUAAAGGUUUGCGAAAGUAUUUUACUAUGACUGAAAUUCUAGUCAUAGUUAGUGCUUUUAAUAACCUUUAGUGCCAGAUGUGGACCAUUUUUAUAGUGAGUGCAAGUCCUAAUACCUGAAGGUUGAGAUCUUUCAUAAUCAGACUACCUUUAUUUUCUUCAUACAUUUUUCAUUUCGAAAUCUGUGCAACAGAUAUGUGUUCUUGAAAUAUAAGUUAAUCUUUGCAUGUAUCUUGGAGCAUUCAAUUCUGGUACAGUUUCUUUUGUGGUUGUCUACAACACUUAUAAUUUAUUACUUUGAGACAUCAUGUUUGCUUAUUUUAGCUUAAAGGCAGUGCAAAAUUUCUUCUCUAGAUUCUUCCAAGCUAUUCAUGUGAGAACUUCUAAACAUUCAGAUCUUAGUGUUUUUCAGUUAAACGUAUGAACAGUUAUGUUCCUGGCAAAUGGCAUCAUGAUGCAUAUGCAUGCAUCUGUUUUACCUAAUGUAAACCUAAUUAAUCAUCAUUAAAAUUCUGUAUGUGUAUUAUUUAGAAGUGAAAUAAUUUUUUGUUGUUUAGAUGUAGCUGAAAGCUUUUUUGGUGGAAAUAAAGCAUAAUGAAGUAAUAUUUUAGAUGUGCUAGGUAACAGAUAACUGUUAGGGAAAUAAUUUUUACUAUGGCAGCAUGCAGAAUUUGUUAUAAUGGCCAAAACUGUCUGAUCUUGAAUGUGAUGAAGUUCUUUCAACUUUAAUGUAUUUGAAAAACGUUUCAAGCAUUCACCAAGCUGAAACUGUAUUGUGAAAUGCUGUACAUUAAUUACACUUUUUGGAUGUACAGAUUAAAAUUAAGACGGAAGCAUUUGCAUUUAAUAUAUAUCCUUUGAAAUGUAAUAGGAAGCAUUUAAAUUUUAAUGAAUGAUUUUCAGUUCUAAAAUAUGUCUUUUAAAUUUUGAUUGUAUGAUAGCUUUAGAUUAUUUCUUUGGUUCAUAUUUCAUGUAGUAGUUUUAAUGGCUAUUUUAUGUACCUUUUCUUAUAUAUAUUUGUAUGAAGUUGUUUUUUCUUUGUAGCUUUUUGCUUUUCUAAAGAAGGUCUAAUCAUCUGUAGAAGUUUAAGGGAAUCAGGAAAGCCUUAUCUGUGCCAUGUUAAAUCUUUAUUUAUCUUUUUCUCAGAAUCGGCAAGGAUUAGGAAUAUAGAAAUUUUAUGAUGGAAACUAGGAUAAUACGUUUUGUCUAUUUUAACCAUAAGUUAAAAUAUUAAUGUGGUUAAUUUUUUAAUGAAGGGUCACUUUCUUGCUUAUAUUUUUUCAUCAUGUUUUAUUUUCCCAAGUAUCUGUUUAGUGGGUUAUAAAAUCUGUGCAUUUCAAUGUUCAACUUUAUGAAACAUAUGCAACAGAUUCCCAGUCAUCCAACAUAAACAAGACUGAAUGGUGGUCAGAUAAAAUGGAACUAUCAAAGAUGGGUUAUUGAAACAGACCUAUUGGAAAAACAGCAUUAUGAUGAAUCGCACAAUAAAGCACAGAUGCAAUUACUAAGCAUCGAAGUCAGUUUGUAAUUUCAUCUUUUAUUGCAAUGUCCCCCAAAAAAUGAUUUCAUUAAAAAAUAAGAUUAAAAUUAUUUUGCAAGAAAAUAAAGAUUGCUUUAUCACAAUAUAAACCAAUUAUACAACAGAAAAGAAAUACAUUGUUAUGGAUAUUGAGCAAGCAACUGGCUGCUUAUAAAUUGCAACUGGCUUAACAAUAAAGCUAAUUAAUAUUAUGUUUAAGGUGGUAAUUCAGCUAAUAUUAGCACCUUUAAGAAGAGUUUCUCAAUUAGAAGAACCAUGAAAAAACACACAGUAUAAUAGUAGGAAUAAUAAUGAUAACAUUUAGCACAAAUUACAUUUUCAUGGCAUGUUGAAUAACUGAAAGUUUUGUUAUUGGGGUUUUAUGUGAAUCAUAAAUUUUUUAAAAUAAAUGUUUACAAAGUUAUUAAAUUAUUUUAUUACAUGUUCAGUGUUAUAAAACAACGUAAUUGCAAUUAUUCAGUGUAAAUAGGACUGAGUGGUGAUCAGAUAAUUCAAAACAAUUAGUGAUGGAUUAUUAAAGCAGACCCAUGGGACAAAAAACGCCAUUAUGAUGAAGCCAAUUACAUUUGUCAAAUGAUGAAAAAAGGAAUUUUUACUUUUUUAUGUUUUGAGAAUGACAAGUUUAAAAAUUAUAUCGGAUUAUAAAAAAUGAAGCAUAAUAAUUUGAUGACAUACUUGUUUACGAAAAGGAUUGUUUAUUUUGUUUCCAUCAUGUAUGCCUUCCAUUUCUUAUGGUGGAUUUCAUUCUGAUUGGCAGUUUUAUAUGUUGACUGUUUCCCCAGACUGCUUCUUCAAUUUUACAAGCCAUAUUAAUUCAUCUCUGUUUAAAUUCAUCACAUUGUCAAAGGAGACUAUAAAUUGUUGUGAUUAUCGGUAAGUUGCAGUUUGUUUAAAUGUUUCUUCAGACUGCAUCAUACCAAUCUGACUUUCUUGACAAGAGAUUUGGAUAGUUUAGGUCAUUAAUGCUUUUUUAAAGUAUUCUUAUAUUGUGGCAUUGUACUGCUGUACUUAACCUGAUUUAAUAUGACAAUAAAGAAAUAAUAAAUUAUUCACAAAUUUUGAAAAGUUAACAGUAUGCAGUAUUUAUGACUAAUGAGUAAUAGUAAAUCAAAAUAGAGAAAAAUAAGAUGUAUCACAUUUGAACUAUCCCUGUUUCAUUAAAGUGUAUUUAAUAAAAGGAAAACUCAGUAGAAUAUAAUUAAGAACUAUCAAACUAAAAUGUGAUAGAAGGGGUUAAAGAUUGGAAAUCUCUUAAAAUAUUCAAGUCUAUUUGUGAAGGGAUUCUGGGAAAUUCCUAGAAUUUCUCAGUUUCCACUUCUUCAGUCAAUUAGCAUGAUACAGCAUUUGGAAAAAGAUUUUGUAAUAUUUAGUACAGUUAAACAAUCUUUUCUAAAAGAUUUUUGAUUGUUUUCGCUUUUCCUGGUCUCCAUGAGUAAUAUUUCAGAUUUCACUUAAUUGACUUAUUAAUGAAAUUAAAUUUGAAAUAAAUGUUUUGAAGUCAUCUUCUGUUUGAUGAAGUUAUGAACAAUUUGUAUCCAGUUAUAUAGAUGUAUUUUUGUUUUUCAAUUAUAAGUACAAAUGCGGUAAAUCUGUGUUUGGACAAAUUAAUUUUCCUUUUGUUGAAGAUUUUUCAUUUUUUCUGAAAGUGAAUUUUUGCAAAUGUAAAAUCAUUGAAACAUAUAAAAGAAUGAUAUACAACUUAAUUAAAAUUCAGAACGUGAAAUAUAUAUUGAGAAAGUAGUUUACUGAAGAACAUUAAGGUAUUGUAUUACAUUUAAGAUAACUUAGUGCUUCCAUAUGAUGUUUCAGUUCAAGGUCUUUCAAUACAAUUGCAUUGAAUUUUAUCUUACUUCUAUACUGCUUAGGACAUUUUUCUGUUGAGAGUUUGUUACUGAAAAAAUUAUCUUCUUGACCGGCAUUGUCUGUGAUAGCCUAUCAUGAAGAACUGUAGUUAUAUCUUGUUUUCAUUACCCUAUUUUGUGUGUUAGAUAGGUUUACACAACAAACAUGCAAAGAAGUAAAAUGUGUAUUUUAUAUGAAAAAAUAAAAAAUUGUUUCUAGAUGUGAGUAUAAACAAUUGUUUUCAGGCAAAUGUUAUUAAAAUCUUUAUAUCAUUUUUACUCAUUUAACUGUUUCUGCAUUUAUAAACUUAUUUAAUGAGUUUAUGAAUAAAAAAUGUGUAUAAAUUAUCCUUUACAAAGGAAAAGUGUGUCUUUGAUUCAAGAAUGCAGGAAUUAAAAUAUGUAAGGUACAAA